UUUUUGCACCGGUAAGAUCAUUUGGGUUUCACUGAUCAACAUGCCUCCGUCGCCUCGUCUCAGGGCUUUUCUUAGGGUGGAGUGGCUCUAAAUGGUGACAGAUGUCUGACAAGUAGCUCGUCUUGCUCGAGGGACUGUGCAGAGCAGAGGUAGUGAAACCUCUUCCCUCUUCUUCCUUCCCCACGCCCUGUUAUUAUUAUUAUUUAUUAUUUAUCAUCAAGAGCUGCCCGUCACCAGCACCAUGUCCCCGCCAGCAUCGGCUGCGACGGCGAGUGAGACCAGUACGACCACCGUUUUCGAGGAGGACACCAGAGAAGAGCAAAGACCCCUAAAGCAAUCUCUGAGCAAGUCACUAUGUCGGGAGAGUUUUUGGAAAUGCCUGCUGCUGUCCAUUCUUAUGUAUGGCUGCAUAGGAGCAAUGGUUUGGUGUCAUGUCACCAAGGUGACCCGCCUUACCUUUGACAGUGCCUUCAAAGGGAAAUCCAUGAUGUACCAUGACAGUCCCUGCUCUGAUGGCUAUAUCUACAUCCCUCUGGCCCUACUGGGCAUGCUCUACUUAGUCUAUCUUGUGGAGUGCUGGCACUGUCAUGUGAAGAAUGAGUUGCAGCACAAAGUGGAUGUGGAGGGCAUCUAUGAGCGUAUCCAGAGGAUGCAGCAAGCUAAACCCUGCAUCUGGUGGAAGGCCAUCAGUUAUCACUACGUUCGCCGAACACGGCAGGUCACACGCUACCGCAAUGGAGACGCUUACACGAGUACCCAGGUUUACCAUGAGCGUGUCAACACCCAUGUGGCAGAAGCUGAAUUUGAUUACAGUCACUGUGGUGUGAAGGAUGUUUCCAAACAGCUGCUGAGCUUGGAGAAGUCUGCUCUUACAAAGAUGCGGUUCACCAAGUGCUUUAGUUUUGCUAACGUAGAGUCUGAAAAUUCAUACCUGACACAACGAGCACGGUUUUUCACUGACAAUGAGGGCCUCGAUGACUACAUGGAAGCCAGGGAGGGUAUGCACCUGAAAAACAUUGACCUGAAGGAGUAUGUCUUAGUGCUGUGUGAUCCAGAGCACCACCCCUGGUACCUGUCCCACUAUGUCUUCUGGUUUGCCUCAUUCCUCACUUUCUCCUGGCCUCUGAGAGUCUUCACAGAGUAUCAUACCUCAUAUGUCCACUAUCGUGUCGAGAAGCUCUUUGGGCACGAUUAUCUCCCUGUGACCCCAUGUGAGGAUCGACCAUAUUGGCGUCGUAUCCCUCGUGUUAACACCAUCGACAGCACAGAACUAGAAUGGCACAUACGGUCCAACCAGCAGUUGGUGCCUAGUUACUCAGAGGCUGGCCUGAUGGACCUGGCUCAGUGCCCGACCAGCUUCAGCGGGAUACGUCAGAAUUGUGAGCGCUGCCACAGAGCCAUCAGCUGCUCCUCCGUGUUUUCCAGGAGCGCCCUCAGUAUCUGUACCGGUGCCAGCUCCCGCAUCCCCUUCAGCGGCAGUAGGUUCUCUUUGGCACGGCGCUACGGCUCCCAGCGCAGCUGCUUCUGGAGGAGUGGCAGUUUGGAUGACCAGGAGAGUCCCAGCGAAAACACCCGCUGCCUAUCUGAGCGCAUCACCACAGAUGACGAGGGACCCCCAGAAUAUGAGGAUGCACUUUGCUACCCAGUGCUCAUUGUCCACUGCAGUGAGAAUUGCCACAACCACAGGUCCUUCCACAGAAAUGGCUCCUGUGUGGAGACUUCCUUAUGACUAUGCAGUCGCUGACAAAAACACAGUGGCGUUUCUGUAGCAUACAAACACUUUGGACAUCUCAAACACAGUGUGUAAAUGUGAGCUAUACAGAUUCAUGCUGUAUUGUCAUACUAUCUGAAACAAAUGCCUGAAUCCUUAAUGUGUGAAUCACCAAAGCAAUAACAGUGAUAAGUGAGUGGAGAACAAAGUGACUACUAGGACACACACACACUGGAAAAAUUAUAUCUGCCUGGCUUACAAUGAAAACCAAGCAGACACCGACUGUUACACUGUACAUCAUUGCCAUAGCUUUUAAGAUCUCAUAUGUACCAUACAUAUGAAAGUGAAACUGAAGCUGCAGUUACCUCAUAAGACCUUUUCAGAGGCCACGGACAAGAUAGGCAGGUUUAAACAUCUCAUUCAUUCAGUAACAAAACACAAUCUAAGAGCUGUCAGAUAACAUUGGUGAUUUACGGGGGAGUUUCUACAAGUUUAACCUUCUAAUUACUGCAAUAACUGUGAAAAUAAAAAAAAACAUCUUCUCAAGUGAAUCAGUAAAAGGAGGAAUAUCAACCCCAUAUGUUGCGCUUAUGCAUAUCACAUCUGUCAAUGUGGAAACCUCCAAUCCAAAAGAGACACGUGAACUCUUGGAUACUCUCACUCACUGUUUUUGGUGUUUGAACAUUUUGCAUUACUUGUGUGAAUUGUUGUACUGUUACUUUAUUCUUGUACCUACUUUUCUAAUCAACAUAAUCUAUUUCUACUUCAGUUAUUGGCUUUCUGCAUUUCCCAGAAUGCCUUUUGACAACUGCAAAAAAAAAAAA